AUGGUUUACCAGUGGACGCAGCACAAAGAUGUGUGCUACAAGCUCUAUAUCGAGGAGCGAAAGUCGCUGGAGGAGAUCAUGCAGCACAUGCGUGAUAACUACAACUUCAAUCCCUCCAAGCGUGCUUUUCAACAGCAGUUCCGAAGAUGGGGUUUCCCUUCGAAGCAAAACCCUGCCCACCGCAAUGCAGAACUUGUCGAACGCGUGAAGGAGCUGUGGGAGGCCAACUAUACUCAGCGAGAAAUGCUCAAGACUCUCAAUGAAGAAGGCUACGAGAUCAAAGAGCGUGAGCUGAUGCGGCUGCGAGCGAAGAACCGCUGGCUCCUGCGCAUUCCCAACGGCAUGAAGACACACAGCCUUCCUACCGAGGAUCUAUCCGAUUUCCAGAAUCAAAUUCUCGACGCCGCCGAAGUACCAACCGUCAUUGCACAUGUGGAUGACGCCAGGUCGCCAACAGAUGACAAUGUCACCAAAGAGGAUCUGGAUGAAAUCUUGCGCAAGAGAAAGGAACUUCACGACCAGCGUAAAGCUGAAAGUGAUGAGAAGUGGGCGAAUAAAAAGCGUCGUCGUCGUACCAAAGGCUAUGCCGGUCUUGCUGCCGACCCGCCAGGUCCUCCGCGAUUUCCUUCCGAGACCACCCUCGACGAAAGCAAGGUGUUUCUCGGUCUGGACAACAAACAAUAUCGCGCAAUGAGAGACCAGUUUCAAGCCAUGUGCGAGGAGGAGAGCUUAUUCAAGAAGACUCUCGCCGGUGCAGAGAAGUGGCAGGAUAUCAAAACUCGUCUCAUCCAGAACAAUGAGCAGCUACAGCAAGCCUUCUGGAACGACAAGACCAAUCUGCAAUCGAAAGAGCUUGCACUGGAUGUCGUCUGCACAGAUGUCACCAAGCGGAUUCGCUCCGUUGGUCGCCGCAUGACCAUUGCAGAGGCCAAGAAUGUGCUCGGCAUCAACCCAGAGCAGAGCCGCCAGAUUCGGAACGCCUUCUACGCUACCUUGCAAGCCGACAAAUUCACCAGCAAGCUCGAGACAGGUGCAGAACACUGGCAGGAACUGAAAGACCAGUGGGUUACCGAAAGCCCUGUUCUGCAAAAUGUGUUUGUCCAGGGUGAAGCCGAUCCUCAGUUCCAGGAGAAACAGAAAGCUCUGGAAGCAUUGUGUCGAGAUGUCAUGAAGCGUCUGCGCGAUGAUCAGGCCAAAGGAGGCAGUCGUUGGGUGGCUCCCACAACCACUACUGAUGUCAACGUCGAGACUCAGUCCGCCAAAGCGGCACGGGCGGCACAAGCUGCAACCGAGCUGGCGGCUGUUCAGCCUGUGCCUGAGCAGAAUGGUAGUGCAUAUCAGUUCGCUUCUACAGCUGAAGACUUGUCCGAUUUGCAGAUCGACCCCAGUCUUCUCGAAGCUGCCGACAACUUUGCAACUGCGCCAGCUAUCAAUCCUACCGCGGUCUAUAUCCGUCCCCAUCCCACGUCGCAGGUCCACAGCGCAGAUAAGGUCUGGCUUCAAACCUUGACAUCGAGAUCGGUUGAAGAACUUCGUCGGCUGCUGGAGCGGAAAUGGCCCAACGCGGUCGUCAGUCGCAUUGAUGGCGUGGAGAGGGGUGCAGAUGGCCAGGAGAUCUCAUAUCUCAUCGAAGAGGAUGACGAACUCGAUGCAUAUCUCGAUCACGUCAACGGUCGCAAGGCUACGGUCGUCGUGCAGCUCAACCGACCAACCUCGCUCUAG